AUGACUCACAGCGAUAUGUCCGAUCACGAAUCCAACGGAUCAGUCCAUGAAUACGACGACUACGCUGACGAUGGCUCUGACGCUGGAUCUGUCGCCUACUCUGUCGGCUACGACACAGAUGAGCAACUACGGGACUUCAGCCACUUCCCGGACGAGUCACGUUCUGAGAUUCUGGACAACAACGACGACGAACUCGACGAGGAUGAUCACAAUCCUCGCGAGGAAGACCACAGUGGAUCCGCUCAGCUCCCAGUCCAAGAAAAGUCGAAGGUAGUUGCCAAGAAGAAGGGCAAGAAGACCUUUGGCCUUCCACUCGACCGAGCAUCCUUUGAAACCUUCAUAGAUCAUAACACGACUCUAGACGACGAAGGGUACCCAAAGCUCCCCAACGGCAAGACGGUCUUUGUUAGGCAUCCGGGCCAGACGCUCACCAACUGGGGCACCUUUGCUUUCACUUACAAAACUUCCGGUGGUGGGUUUCAGGAAAAACGACCUGACUGGCGAACCGUCCGGUUUGCUUGUCUUGGUGUGGUUAUCUGUUCCAAUGCGGAAUGUGAUUACCUUGGCUCACCACCUACUGCCCGCGGAAAAAUAGCUGAAAUGAAAGACACGCCUAUCAAAUGCCCGGCGGCUCUAUGCUCUGAGUACCUGCGUCACAUCCCAUGUGAAGACACGAUAUGUCGGCUGGAUGAGCACCUCCCAACCGGUUGGGGUAUCAUCAGACACGCUGGUUUCCACGUUCAUCCAUGGCCACGUCGUGGCAAGCCUGAUAAGUUAUCCAUCAGCAAGUUUGGCGAAAGGGUUGUCAACAACCCUUCUGUCGGGCCGUUGCAACACAAGGUCGGUCGGGCUCCAGCAGGAAAGCAAGAAAUCAAGACAGCUUCCGCUAUCCAUCCGGCUUUUGGAAAUUUGCAUCGGACCGGCUACUACCGUCGCAAGCUAUUGGUGGACGCAGGUGUCAUUCCAGAGAAAAAAAUUCCCGGCUCAGGCGACAGUUUUAUCUUGGACAUGAUCCACUGGGCCAAACUUGGCUUGAGGAUGAUUUCCUCAUCUUUCUUGCCUGAGAAUACCCAUAUGACCUUUCAAACCCCGUGGAUGGCCGAGCAAUUCCUAGCACGAGAGGAAGAUGGUGGCGUCUACAGCGGGGGACUUUUAUCCGACGUGACCUACAAAUUUUUCGCUAAUGGCUACCUCAUGACGACUUCUAUGUACCAAUCUGUCAUUCACCGGUGGAUUCCGAUUCAGCUCACCUGGCUAUACGGUCUCUCGGAAGAGCACUACGUGGCUCAUUUCCAGGCGCUGAUGAAGCAAAUCAAGGACGCCCAACUGUUACCCGCUGAACGAGACAUACUUGUCAGACAAGUCGUGGAUUUUUCUGCUGCACAGAAAAACGGUUUCAUAAGAGCUUACAUGGACGUUUUUGAUGUAACCGAUAGGGCCCAAGCGUUAGGCAAACUUCGUGGUUGUCAAGAACACUUCCGUGCUUCAGUCACACGGAUACGGCGUAAUCUCAAUGUCAUCCCUAGGCACCAGCAAGGCGAGUUCCAAAGGCUUACGGAGGCUCUCUUGGUCAAGGACGAGGCCGGCAAGGCCACGUACGAGGAGAAUAUCGCUACCUUGAGACGCCUAUUCCCCAAAGCCAAGCGUUGGCUUGAUUGGUGGCAAGCUUCAGAUACCGAGGCCAUGCUUUUCCGGUCGAGGCAGAAGCAGAUUGACGAUGACGGACUGUGUGACGACCUUCCUGAAACAACCAAUGCUCAAGAGUCAAUGCACCGCGUGUAUUACAUGAUUUCGGAAGGUAAUUGUACCGUCCAGGUGGGCUUGGUGCAGCUCUAUGCUCUAGUCUCCAGCCUUCAAAGGGACCACGCCGAUCUACUUCGAGGUGUGUCCAUCGAAUACGGUUGCAACAAAAACUACGAGAAAGUCGCGGAGACCUUGGGAUGGUCCAAAAAGAACCGAAAUCGCAAGGACAAGCGCAACGACGGCCGCGCUCCCGACACCACCGACGCUCUUCUAGGUUCCAAAUCCAAAAAGCUCGGUAGACCCGUUGGUGCAAUCAAUAUCGAUCGAAACCCCGUCACCACCUUCCAGGGCUUCUUUGCGUCGACCACCGCUGGCCGCCGUAACCGCUGCUGGCUCGAUUCGAUUGCAGAGUGCUUGCAUGCACUCUGCACUCCUCUAUGGUUCCACGCCUCCAAAGGCAAGACCAAUCACAUCUAUACGAAGGUCAUGAAGGUUCUGUCCUCGCGCGCCACUUGGGAGAUGUCACAGAAAGGUAACAUUAGGAGCAUCUUAUCUUUAGGACAGAACACAAUCCACGCCGCCGCUCAAGCCAUUUCAGACAGUUUCCCCACCGACCAAUUUGCCUCUGCUGACACCUUCUUCGAGUUGAUUUUCGACGCAAGAGAUAACAGCAAGUCUGUUCCAGCUCCCGCGAGGUCUUUAUUCCGUCUCCACCGUCUCCGCAAACUGGUUUGCUCUCGCGAUUCUUCCCAUCGCAUUAACGAAACAAUUCCCACGAAUACUAUCAACCUCUGUCCUCAAGACUUUCAAGGGCAAUUGACUUAUGCCCAUACAUCCGAUUUGAUCGCUCAAUGGACCUCUCCAGCUGGAAUCCGCGGAGUUUCUAACCGACACUGUCAAGCCUGCAAGAAAUUGGACGAGGGCUCACCUCCAUUUAUUCUUGAUAUCAGACUCAAAGAGACCCGAAAUGGUUUUUGGGCAGGUGGACACUUUUGGUGUCAAGUGGUACGUACGGUUGGAGGCCUUACCGGGGUAUGGCACCACAACGAUUUGCAGAAUGCAGGUAUUGCAACAUUGAGCAGUCGGGACCUGGAAAGUAUUGGUGGAGCUAUGGCGAGUACAAGCUGGGCAAUGUACUCCCGAGAACCUACGACUGACGAAGCCGUGAUUAUCGAGGCUGCCAAUGCAAAGAUCAUGAAGACCAAUGCUGAUAUCAAUGGCAAUAUCCCGUUCUCUCAAACUAUGAAGUCACGAAAGAACAAAGGCGAAGACGCUCUCACGGCGGCUGAGAAGGCGCUAGAUGAUUCAACUGCUUCAGACCAAUCCGAAGCCGACCAAGAUGUGAAAGCUGGUCUUUCUCAUCCGCCAAACCAGAGGCCGCCAUGGAAAGUAUGA